AUGCACAACAAUUUAGAAAAUCAGCCGGGGGUGCCCAGACCACCAACAAAUUCACAGAUGAAUCCAUUUGGGAAUCCGUUCUAUGGAGCUGGUUCAUAUAGAGAGAGAAUUUUAGGGUCAAGCUCUGACUAUGUGCAAAGCACUGGCCAUUGGACAAGGAUAACUGAGCUUGUAGGGGGCAGGCUCUCCUACAAGCCCCCCAUCUAUGAUAUUAAUGAUCCAGAUCUGUACAUUCCAUUGAUGGUGUUCAGCACCUACAUAGUUCUUGCUGGCUUCUCAUUGGGUCUGCAUGGAAAGUUCACAACAGAAUCUCUAAAUUGGUUGUUCAUCAAGGGGCUGAUAGGCUGGUUUUUGCAAGUUUUGCUGCUGAAAUCGAUAAUGAUGUCAUUGGGUAGUGGGGACUCACCCUUGUUGGACAUAGUAUCAUACGCAAGCUACACUUUUACAGGGAUGUGUUUGGCUGUCCUUGGAAGAAUUAUCUGGUGCCAGUCCUACUAUUUCUUGAUGCCUUGGACUUGUUUAUGCAUGGGAAUCUUCUUGAUGAAGACAAUGAAGAGAGUUCUUUUUGCUGAGGUAACAUGGGGCUUCAUUCGUUCUUCUGAACACUCUUAUUAUACUUGAUCCAAGAAGUCAUUGAUUU